AUGUUAAUGAAUCUAGGCAUCGACAAUCGUUCAGUUUAUGCUGAAGAUUUCGAAAUACCAUUUCUACAACAAUCAGCGGAGUUCUAUCGCCUUGAAAGUCAAAAAUUAUUGGCGGAGAAUAGUGCCUCGGUUUACAUACGAAAAGUAGCGGCACGAAUCAGUGAAGAAGGUGAACGGGCAGUUCAUUAUCUGGAUAAAUCAACCGAAGAACACGUUGUUCGAGUACUUGAAGAUGAAUUAAUAACAAAGCAUUUGAAAACCAUAGUUGAAAUGGAGAAUUCAGGCGUGUGCUAUAUGCUCAAGUUCAAUAAAUGCGAUGAUCUCACGACGAUGUAUAGACUAUUUGAACGUGUACCCAAUGGACAUUUGACUAUCGUGGAUUGUAUGAGCAGUUAUCUCCGUGAACAAGGACGUGCUCUCGUAGCGGAGAAUGCUGAUGAAGGAAAAAGCGCGAUUUCUUAUGUUCAAAAUUUACUCGAUUUGAAGGAUACAUUUGAUCAUUUUCUGAAAAAUGCGUUCAAUGAGGACAAAGUAUUCAAAAAACGAAUCAAUUCGGACUUCGAAUUCUUUGUUAACUUGAAUCAACGCAGUCCGGAAUAUUUGUCGUUAUUCAUUGAUGACAAAUUGAAAAAAUGUGCAAAAGAUAUCGGCGAUCAAGAAGUCGAAGUUGUCCUUGACAAAGCCAUGAUGUUAUUUCGCUACUUGGAAGAGAAAGAUGUUUUCGAACGGUAUUAUAAACAACAUCUAGCUAAACGACUACUAUUGAACAAAUCGGCAUCGGACGAUGCGGAGAAGAAUAUGAUAUCCCGAUUGAAAACUGAAUGUGGUUGUCAAUUUACUUGUAAAUUAGAAGGAAUGUUCAAAGAUAUUUGCGUAUCAAAUACAACUGCUGACGAUUUCCGUUUAUAUAUCUCACAAAAACGCAUUAAUUUGAAUGGAAUUGACUUAACUGUUCGAGUGUUAACCACUGGCUUUUGGCAAACACAAACAGCGAAUCAUCGAUGUAAUUUGCCAACGAUAGUUCGAGAAGCAUACCAAUGUUUCCAUCGAUUCUAUCUGGAUAAACAUAGCGGAAGACAGUUGACAUUACAGCCAAGUUUAGGUUCAGCAGAUUUAACUGCGAUUUUCUACGGAAAACCUAAAGAUGAUGAUGGAGACGGCGAAUCGAGACCAACAACCACAACAAUCACGACAAAAGAACGAAAACAUACAUUACAAGUAUCAACAUACCAAAUGGUGAUAUUAAUGUUAUUCAAUUCAAAAGACUCUUGGUCAUUUGAGGAAAUACAACAAGAAACAGAUAUCAAUGAAAAAGAUUUACAACGUGCGUUGUUAUCAUUAUCAAUGGGUAAAAUUAAUCAGCGUGUGUUUCUCAAAGAGCCUAAGACAAAAGAAAUUCAUCCAUCGGAUCGUUUCUGUGUCAAUGAUUCAUUUAUAUCGAAAUUAUUUCGUGUAAAAAUCAAUCCAGUGACAGCGAAACUCGAAAGCGAUCCUGAACGACAAGAAACACGAAAUAAAGUCGACGAUGAUCGCAAACACAUUAUCGAUGCAGCUGUUGUACGCAUCAUGAAAACGAGAAAGACAAUGACUCAUACACAGCUAAUUACUGAGGUUACACAUCAACUCAAAGCAAGAUUCCUGCCUAGUCCUGUUUUCAUAAAAAAACGAAUUGAAAGUUUAAUUGAACGAGAUUAUUUGUCUCGCUCAAUAGAUGAUAGGAAAAUGUAUAGUUAUGUUGCUUAG